AUGCUUUACUCCAGAGAAUCAAGGACAACCGUCCUUUUCCUUGCGUUGGUUACCUCCCUAACCGUACUUUGUCACUCGGUCGAUGUAACAACUGUAUUUACUACGUCAACAAUCACCGAAAUCACAACUGUGACUGCCGCACCGCAACCACAAAACAAAGCGGAAACCGCUUUGAAUACUGCUACUAACAUAAUUCAAACCAUGCAGUUUCUUUUCAACUGCGCACCAUUUAAGUGGAAGGGUCCUUUGAAAAUAACUUCUUGUGCGCUGAACUUUAUUGUCCUACUACUCACCGCUUGGGGCUAUCUUCUGAAGUAUCUGCAGGAAAAUAAGCUGAAUAGCGAUGCUGAUAUGGAAAAAAUGGUAGGACUGGGAUUUGGGGAAAUGGUCGGCAGAAUCUUCGGAAAGGGUGUCGGGAAAGCUUUUACUAAAAUGGAUAUCACUCAGAAACUAGUGUACCCGUUCGAAGGAAGCAACCGGCAGAAAUGUCUACUCAUGACCGUCGGAGAAAACUCGAUAGUGCCAUUCCACGAUUUGUUUACAGAGAUAUGCUUUGACCAGUACACUCUGGACUCGCUAUCCCACCACAACCAUGGGAGUAUUUCGAUUUUAGAUGCUGGAUCAGUGAGCGCCUUGGGGUUCGCGGAUAUUUCAUCGAAAAUGCCCUCUGUAAGCGAACUAUACACACUUUUUGGAGAUUAUACGAUAGAAGUACUGGGCGGCAUCACUAAACUGGCUUCAACUCUUAACAGAGAGGACUGGCAGGGGGAAAGAAACGGGUUCGCGGUUUUAUCGAGAGACCGGCCUAACCAGACGUUACUAAGCGUCCAUAUGUACUCUUCAAGCUUGCUAUAG